ACCCUUUUCUCCAUAUAUUUCUCCUCUCUCCCUGACAGUCUCGCUGGUCUCUCCUGGCAUAAUCUCUCCGGUCAGCGCGUGCACUCUACUCUCUCCUUUUUGUUCACUUGUGCUCACAUAUCACCCUUGACAGUCCCCAUUGUUGCCGGAAUAUUCCUUUUCCGGUAACGCGUAGGGCCAAUUUAACCGCGAAAAAGUUGAUUUCACUGUCAAACCCUCUUGUUUAAGCUAGGGUUUAGUUUCCUGACUCCGGUGAAAUCUCCGCGAGAAUUUCGGCGAGUAAUCACAAUGGCUACAAUUAAAAAAGUAUUUAUCACUGAAGGAGACAUCUCCACCCUCUUAGGAAGGUACUCUGGAACGACAAUAUUUGCAUUACUUCAAGAGGUAGCUCAAGUUCCGGGCAAGAAGUAUGAUUGGAAUGAGCUGGUGAAGAAUUCGAACACCGGAAUAACUAAUGCUAGAGAAUACCAGAUGGUCUGGCGACAUUUGGCUUAUCGUGCGCCGUUGGUUGAAGAACUCGAUGAUCAGGAGGUUGAACCUCUUGAUGAUGACAGUGAUCUGGAUUGUGAAUUGGAAGCUCUGCCAACUGUAACGGCUGAUGCUUCUGCUGAGGCUGCAGCAUGUGUUAAGGUACUGAUUGCUUCUGGUAUGCCAAGUAACUCUACUCUACCAACUGGUUCUACAAUUGAGGCUCCAUUGACUAUAAGCAUACCUAAUAGACAACCAGCUAGAGGUCCUUCAGCAAACUCACAGCCUUCAACAUUUGUGCACGGGACAAGUAUUACAGUUCCAGUUUCUGUUCAGAAACAGCCACUGCCUGCAGUUACACCUGCUACAGCUGCUACACCUGCCACAACUGCUGAAGGAUUGGAAAGUGGAAACCUACCUCCUCGAAGGAAAAGGAAACUAUGGACUGAUGCGGAGGAUUUGGAACUGCUUGCUGCUGUAAAAAAAUGCGGCGAGGGUAACUGGGCAAAUAUAUUAAAAGAGCAAUUAAUGAAAGAAAGAACAGCUUCACAAUUAUCUCAGAGAUGGAAUAUUAUUAAAAAACGCAAGAGAAACUCAAGUUUGCCAGGUGGCGAGGGCAACUCAACUUUAGGAGGCAAGGGUAACUCAAGUUCAGGAGGCGGCGCACAACUCUCUGAGGCUCAACUUGCUGCUCGUCGGGCAAUGUCUUUAGCCCUCAACAUGCCUUUGACAGAUAAGUUGAUGGCUUCUUCCUCCCGUGUUGGCGGGACGUCUAACAUGAAUCAAAAUGAAAAAUCUAAAGCGGAUGGAGCACAACAACGAACUGUUGUACUGGGGCUUUCAUCUCAAUCUUUGGUCAACUCAAAGGCCCAUUCAACAAAGUCCACUGAUGAAAUGGUAAAAGCUACUGCAGUUGCGGCCGGGGCUCGGAUUGGUAAUCCAUGUGAAGCCAUGUUGUUAAAAAACAAUGGAAGCUCAUUACCGAGUAAUGUACACUACAUCCGAACAGGUUUAGCAAGCACUACGCAGUCUACAUCUUCUAGCGCUCUAAAUGAUCCGAGACAAAUUCAGAAACCAGCUGGAGCGACAAAAAAAUUGGAAGGCAUACUACCCAACUCCGUUGAUGGUGGACAAGUACCUGUGGAUAGGGAUUAGAAGAAUUCUAGUGUAGGUGUAGUUGGAGGUGAUAUGAUAGUUUACUUGGAAGUAUAGUCGGACUUGGAUUGAGAAUUCAAGUCUACAUUUGAUAUUGGGACUAUCUAGCAAAGGUAGUUCUUGUAAAGUGGUCAUAUGAAUUGUUGGUUUUUUCAUUUUAUUUUAUAUUUAAGUAGUUGGAGAUUAGACCUUAA